GCCCUACCACAGGCAAAAUCCUCUUUAUGAACAAAUGAAGUUAAAGGAGAAGGAGAUCGUGACAUUUCUACACAAAUUAGAGAUGGAGACCAUGGAGCCACGAGAGAACUUCCAGGAGCUGGAGAAGGAGAUAAAUUUCUAUCGUAACCUGUCCAGCCGGCUCCUGAUGGAGAAGAAUCUUAUAAAGAAGAAUUUGGUGAUAUUGCAGCAGGACAGCAAGGAAGUACAGGCUGAUUGGGCCAUCAUCCAUCAAUAUUUAGUGGCCUUGAACCUGAGUGGUAAAGACGAACAGGAGAAGAACAGCAACCUUGAGACUCAAGAAUAUCAG